UCAUCAUAAGGAAAAAUGUUGAGAUAAAGGUAGCGUAAAAGAAAGAAUCUCCCGUCUCGUCUCCUCCGCUCGUUGCGCCAAGACGAGUCGCGGCUGAACAGGGGAGGGGAGGUGACGAGCAGAGCAGAGCAGGGGAGGGGAGGGGAUCCUGGCUGACUAUUCAAUAUCCAUGGCGCGGUGCAUCUCCUUCCUGUCUACCUCCUCGUCCUUGCCAUGUGCCACAAAACCGCCCUGCUGCUCAGUGUCCUCUGUCUUACCCUCGUCUCCGUCCUCUCAUCAAUGCCGAGGUAGGAAAACGAGUUGCGGGUCAAUUAGGGCGCUGCGGGAGGAUUGGAGGGAGAGAUCCAAGGCCAUCCCUCCUGGUGGCGUCUACCCAGCCAAGGACCACUGCAGCCAAUGUGGGCUUUGUGACACCUACUACAUUGCGCAUGUCAAGAAUGCCUGCGCAUUCCUAGGAGAUGGCAUGUCCCGUGUCGAGGAUUUGGAGCCAUUGGUCCAUGGGAGGGGCAGGAAGCAAGACAUGGAUGAGAUGUACUUCGGAGUGUAUGAGCAACUCCUAUAUGCCAGGAAGAUGAAACCUGUUGAAGGAGCCCAAUGGACAGGAAUAGUGACAACGAUUGCGGUUGAGAUGCUAAAGGCAAAUAUGGUUGAUGCUGUGGUUUGUGUACAAAGGCACCUAAACAACAAUCAAAUAUUACAUAAUUGCUUUCCGUUGCAAAAGGAUUUUUUUCAUGGUCUUGAGAAAACUGUUGUUUGUCUCCUCUGCAGUGACCCAGAUGACAGGCUUGCUCCAAUGCCUGUUUUAGCCAGGACGCCAGAUGAAGUUAUUGCAGCCAAAGGUGUGAAGCCAACAUUAUCACCUAAUCUCAAUACGCUUGCGUUGGUUGAGGCAGCUGGUGUGAAGCGUCUUCUCUUCUGUGGUGUGGGUUGUCAAGUGCAAGCUUUGAGAUCAGUUGAGAAGUAUCUUGGUUUGGAAAAGCUUUAUGUGCUCGGGACAAACUGUGUGGACAAUGGUACCCGUGAAGGACUUGACAAGUUUUUGAAGGCUGCAAGCAGUGAACCAGAGACUGUACUGCAUUAUGAAUUUAUGCAGGACUACAAGGUUCACUUAAAGCACUUGGAUGGACAUAUUGAAGAGGUUCCCUAUUUUUGCCUGCCAGCAAAGGACCUUGUUGAUGUUAUUGCCCCAUCAUGCUACAGCUGCUUUGACUACACAAAUGGCUUGGCUGAUUUAGUGGUGGGCUAUAUGGGUGUACCAAAGUACCCUGGAGUUUCCAUGACACAGCACCCUCAAUACAUUACAGUCAGGAAUGAUCGUGGAAGGGAGAUGCUCAGCCUAGUAGAGGGCCUCCUGGAGAGUACACCUACAGUUAGCAGUGGCGUCAGGCAACCAUUUGUUAUCGAGACGGUUAAAGCUGAUGAUGAAGCAAAACAGGGGAGAGGACCUUCUCAGCCAGCUCCGACAUUUGUCGGCAAUGUUAUAGCCUUCCUACUGAAUCUGAUUGGGCCGAAGGGGCUAGAGUUUGCUCGCUACUCUCUGGAUUAUCACACGAUAAGGAAUUACCUCCAUGUGAAUCGGGCAUGGGGCAAGCAAAGAGCGGAGCAGCACAUUCCUUCCUAUGCCAAGAAGAUUGUGGAGGCGUACGACAAGGACGGACGCAUCGAGUCGAUGCUCCAGUAGCAUGGGACGCUAGUCUGCAUUCUAGAUUAUUAUUAUUUUUCCUCAUAUCGACUUGUUCAUUCUAGUCAGUAUAUCCCGUAGUUAUGUACAUUCCUGAGCACACAGCCAGGGUUUAGGGGAAUUUCCUCUUUACUAAUUUUUUACAUGUCUUAUCUGACUGUCUUCCUGGGAGAAUCUCCCGAUAAAACAGUCGGGGGCUAGGGGAACUAUACAUAUUACGUGUACAUUGAUCAAAUAUGAAAUUUCUUGUAUAGAAUUGGAAAAUGGUAAGUAUUCUUGACCA